AUGCGUCUACUCUGUCAUAUUGCGGUGUGCUUUUUCGUCCUUCUGCCAUGCGCGAGUGCUGCAUCAACAGCCACGGGCGGCAUACAGAAGAACGCUGUAGCUUGGAACGUGUCCGACGGUUCGCCUCGUCUGGAGACGACCGAAGCUGACGAGCCAACUCGCUUGCAGCCGCAAGACUCAGUGGCCGACAAGAACGACGGCAAACACCGGGAACAAGAGGACAGAGGGAUCAACGAGCCCUGGAUGUCCGACGCAGGACAUUUGUUGUUAGAAGCGGACGAGCUGCUGUUGACGCAACAACCACACUUAAAGGGAGCGCUCGCGCGUCUCAUGCUUAAGAAGGAGAUAGAAACGUCCGAUGCUCGUGCAAAUCUGAUACAAUGGAUUCCCAAGUCGCACAUGCCUGGCCCCGUCGAAGCGUAUCCAGCUGCUUCCCUUUCCGUCUUGAUGAAGAAUGGAAGAGGAGGAGAAGUGGCGGAAGUUUUCCUCUGGCUUCGAGGCUUCGAGCACCGGAAAGACUUUGCGGACAUGUGCCAACGGACCCUACUCACUCAAUACCCUGAGGCUUGGCCACUGGUAUCUGAGGUGUGGCUUAAGUCAAGCUUGAGCCCCACAGAAGCUUACCGCAUGAUGCUUUCCUCACCUCCUUUGGCCGCAAUGAACGAGCCGCAUGACUGGUUUGUUUUCUGUCGCACUAUGGCUCGUUGGAUGGAUUAUCUUUACCAAUACCGAUCUCUGGGUCACGACUACAGCGACAGCCAAGUGGUUCAAGUGUUAGCGGACAAGAAUACAGGAGUAUUGAAAACAUUCUUUGAUUGGGUCGGGACGGUUCCGAGCGCAAAGGACGACGCAGACCGGAUGCAAAGAAGCCUAGAGUCGCUACCGACGCUCAACCGAUGGAUCGAGUCGAAAGUGAGCCCUGAUCAGGCUUACUGGCAGUCGCCCAAGUUAGUGAACUUCAGACUUGAUGCUUCUGAUGGAGAAGCGUCAGAUUGGGCGGCCUUUUUGUCUGAGUUUGAGCAUUGGCUCACAUUUAUCGACGUGUAUCGAUCUCGAAGUAACGUCUUCACCGACAAUCACAUUGUCGAAGUGAUGAAGAACGGUGGAAGAAAAAACGGUGCACUGAAGAACAGUCUAGUGAAUAACGAGUUGGUGAAGAUCUUCCAGAAGCUUCGAGACGUUCCUGGAAUGAAGAAUCGCGCAGACAGCCUUCAAAGAUGCCUGCUUUCUGAUCAAAAAAUACUGAAGGAGCAUGAAAGUAUUCAUAAAGUUUGGCUGGAUUCAAUGGUGCAUCCUACCGAACUCUACCGUAUUCUGUUUGGUCCAGCGACGACAAGCAACAUGCAAGCUGCUGUGUGGAAUCCAGAGUGGAAGCUGAUUCGUAGCAAGCUCAAAUUUUGGGUCUGGUAUGGCGUCAAGUACCAAUCCCGAUUCGGAGGCUUUGACAAUGACCAAGUCGUUGACGUGUUGAAGCUCAACCGACAUGAGCAAGACAUAUUGUAUUUUUUCAAUUGGCUUCAAUCGAGACGAGGCAUGGAAGAACGCGCAGAGUACAUGCAACGACGUAUGCUUUGGAUUUCGCACAAUAAACUUGCAACUUUUGAAAUGAUGAGCAAGGUGUGGCUGGGGUUUUUGGUGGGUCCUACGGAAGUUCUCCGCAUCAUGCUUCCUCCAGCGACGGGACAUCAUGUGGCGGCUGCUGAUCGGAUGGCAGACUGGCCCGCCAUUUUUACAACGCUCGAACUUUGGUUCAAGUAUGGCGCUAGGUACGGACGUCUUAAUAAAGGCUUCGAAGAUGCUACGGCCGUUGACACAUUGAGGCGCAACAGAGAUGAGGACGAGGUGGUGUAUUUUCUCACUUCGUUUCGAACGAGACAAGACAUGCAGAGUCGCUCAGACCUCAUGCUAACACGUAUGAUUUUGGGGUCGCAACAUCAAUCCGAAACUUUGAGGCUAAUGUUCGAAGCGUGGCUUCAGUCAAGUGUGAGUCCUGUCGAAGUGUACCACAUAAUGGUGUCUUCAUCGAAGCUACGCAGCGGGGCAACUGCUAGUGGGUCUAUGGGACAGCCUGACAUCUAUUUUUUACUCAAGGAGUGGCUUAAGUACGUUAGAUUGUACCGAUCUGUCUUCGUGACAUUCGACGACGUUCAAGUCGUUAUCGUGUUGAGGCACAACGAAGGAUAUGACGGGGCAAGGCGUUUUCUCACUAGACUUCGAGGCGACCCUGAUUUGGGGGCCGAAGCCGACACCCUGCUUCAGCUUCUGAAAGGUCGGCCUCAUUCGACAGUCUGGAACUGA